AUGCGGCGUCGGGUGUCGCCCCCUGGCGGCGGUCGGGGUCGUCACGUGCGGGUCCGGGCCCGGGCCCGGCCGGCGCUGCUGCUCCCCCUGGCGGCGCUGGGCGGUUGGGCGCUGCUGGGCCCGGGGGGUUGGGCGGAGGAGCUGCUGGCGCUCCCGGGGGUGCCGGCGCCGUGCGGCCGGCGGGGGGCGCCCUUCCUGCUGGUGCUGGUGAGCAGCGCCCCGGCCCACCGCGCGCGGCGCGAGGCCAUCCGGGCCACGUGGGGGUCGCGGCGGCGGGCGCGCGGGCGGCGCGUGCGCACGCUCUUCCUGCUGGGGCGCGAGGGCGCGGCCGAGGCCCUGGCGCGGCGCGACGUGGUGGCCGCCGACUUCCGCGACGCCUACCGCAACCUGACGCGCAAGACGCUGAGCGGGCUGGCCUGGGCGGCCGCCCGCUGCCCCGGCGCCCGCUACGUCCUCAAGACGGACGACGACGUCUACGUCAACGUGGGGGGCCUCGUCGACGAGCUGCUCGCCCGGGAGGGCCUCCGCGGCGGCGACGGCGGCGACGGCGACGGCGACGACGACGGGGGCGACGACCGCCGGGACUCCCGGGACGCCUCUCGCGACGACGGCGGAGAUGGCGGCGACGUCUCUCGGCUCCGCGACGCCCCUCGCGGCGACCCCUUCGCGCCUCGCGGCGACGACGGCCGCCGGGACUCCCGGGACGCCUCUCGCGACGACGACGGAGAUGGCGGCGACCCCUUCGCGCCUCGCGGCGACCCCUUCGCGCCUCGCGGCGACGACGGCCGCCGGGACUCCCGGGACGCCUCUCGCGACGACGACGGAGAUGGCGGCGACCCCUUCGCCCCUCGCGGCGACCCCUUCGCGCCUCGCGGCGACGACGGCCGCCGGGACUCCCCGGACGCCUCUCGCGACGACGACGACGGCGGCGACGUCCCUCGGCCCGGCGACGCCCCUCGCGGCGACCCCUCGGCGCCUCGCGGCGACGCCCCCGGCCGCAACGACGACGGAGAGGGCCGCGGCGCCCCCCGGGGCGACGACCCUCUCACGCCCGGCGCCGACCGCCGGCGCGCCCCCCGGGGGGCGGCCGGGCGCCCCCCGCUCUACCUGGGCCGCGUGCACUGGCGCGUGUGGCCGUCGCGCGAGGCGGGCGGGCGGCACGAGGUGUCGGAGGCCCUGUACCCGCCGGGCCUGGGCCCCUUCCCGCCCUACGCCUCGGGCACGGGCUACGUCCUGUCGGCGGCGGCCGUGCGCCUGGUGCUGGCCGGGGCGGGCGCGGUGCCCCCGCUGCCCCUGGAGGACGUGUUCGUGGGGCUGAGCGCCCGGCGCGGCGGCCUGGCCCCCGCCCACUGCCCGCGCCUGGCCGGGGCCGCCCACUUCCCGCCGGACCGCUGCUGCCACGGCCGCGUGCUGCUCACCGUCCACCGCGUGGGGCCCGGCGAGAUGGCCCGCGUCUGGGACCUGGUGCGGGGGCCGGGGCCGCUCUGCUCCCCGCUGCAGGCCGCCCUGGGGCUGCUGCGCUGCCGGGCGCUGGCCUGGCUGCGCGGCUGACCCCGGCGCCCCGGCUCCGCCGCCCGCCUGCCGCGGGGCCCCUCUCGGCCCAGGGGGGAUGGAGUCCGCGCCCUUCCGUCCGCCCCGGCGUCGGGGGCCCCGUCGGGGCCUCGUCCGUCCGACGGGGACGCCGGCCCGCCGGCCCCUCGGAUUCGAUCGCGUCUUCCGGGGGCCGGGCGCCACGUGAAGCGCUUAACGGCUGCCGGCGGCGGCGGUGUCGUCUUUUCGAUGGCCGUCGGGGGACGCCGGACGGAGGGGCGAGCGGGAGGGAGGAG